AUGUUUCACUCCAUUCGAAAGCCUCAACUAACCGACGACUCUGGUGUCGGAAAGUCCAACCUUUUGAGCCGUUUCACGCGUAACGAGUUCAACUUGGAUUCCAAGUCCACCAUCGGUGUCGAAUUCGCUACCCGCUCCAUUCAGGUAGAUUCGAAGACUAUCAAGGCUCAGAUCUGGGAUACGGCUGGUCAGGAACGUUACCGUGCGAUCACCUCCGCUUACUACCGUGGUGCCGUCGGCGCCCUCCUCGUCUACGACAUCAGCAAGCAUCAGACCUACGACAACGUCAACCGGUGGCUGAAGGAACUCCGGGACCAUGCUGACUCCAACAUCGUCAUCAUGCUUGUCGGAAACAAGAGCGAUUUGAGACACCUGCGCGCGGUGCCCACAGAGGAGGCUAAGCAGUUUGCCAGCGAGAACAACCUCUCCUUCAUCGAGACUUCCGCCCUUGAUGCAAGCAACGUCGAGCUUGCGUUCCAGAACAUCCUCACAGAAAUCUACCGCAUUGUCUCCAGCAAGGCCCUCGACAGCGGUGACAGCCAGGCUCCCCUGGGUGACCGUCGCCCCGUGAUAGACGUGUCCCAAACGCCGGAUUCCGAAUCGAAGCAGGGAUGCUGCUAG